AUGUAUUACAUCAAUUUACUGGUCUUUCUUUUCACCAUUGAAACACUGAACAACGACCCAAACAUUUUACCAAAUAUUACCCUGGGUUAUCAUAUAUAUGACUCCUGUCAAGAUAAAAUUAAAGCUGUGAAAAGCAUUCUUCAGAUUUUGUCUGGCCGCGGCAUGACCGUCCCUAAUUACUCUUGUGCGAAUUCUAACAACGUGGCUGGAUUUAUUGGCGAUCACCAUUCUACUACUACCAUUCCCAUAGCACAGUUACUAGGGGUGUAUGGAUACGCACAGAUCAGUUAUGGAGCGACAGACUAUGCGCUGAGUGAUAGACGCGUUUAUCCGCAUUUCUUCCGCUCUGUUCAAAAUUAUCUUGUCUAUAAUAAAAUUAUAUUGAAGAUUCUAAAACAUUUCGGAUGGACCUGGGUGGGAAUUCUCACGGUUGAUGAUGACACCGGAGAGACAGAGAGUCAGGCUCUGAGAGCGUAUCUGACAAGUUAUGGAAUUUGUAUUUCCUUUACUGUAAAAAUUAGUUUAUUACAAGAACUAUCUGAAAAUAUGAAAAUGAUGUCAGAAACUGUUUUAAUGUCAUCGUCUGCAUUGAAAAACAUUGUGGGUAACUUCACUGAGUGGGCUCCAGAUGGUCAGCAGCUAAUCAUUGACUCGCAUUUAGCAAUAUGGAGGAACAAAGACAACCAGAUUCCAAGGUCUCAGUGUUCAGAGAACUGUUUGCCUGGAUAUCGAAAAGUCCUGAGACCUGGAACACAAAUCUGCUGCUACGACUGUGUCCGGUGCUCAGAGGGAGAGAUAUCCAACAGAUCUGACAGUGAGAACUGCAUUGUUUGCCCAAGUGAUAAAUGGUCUAAUGAGAAAAGGGAUCGGUGUAUUCCAAAAUCGGUGGAGUUUCUAUCAUAUUUGGAUGCAGUUGCUGCUGUUUUAUCUUUUGUAUCAAUUCUGUUUUGUCUUGUAACUGUUGUAAUAUUACUGAUCUUCAUUGUCUUCAGAGAUACCCCAAUUGUGAAAGCUAAUAACAAGAACCUCAGCUUCCUCCUCUUGGUCUCCAUCAUGCUGAGCUUUCUCUGUGUGUUUUUGUUCCUCGGUCGUCCUGAGGAUGUAACCUGCAUGCUGCGCCAAACAGCUUUUGGUGUCCUCUUCUCAUUAGCCGUGUCUUGUAUUUUAAGCAAAACAAUCAUGAUCUAUAUUGUUUUCAGAGCCACGAAACCCGGCAGCUCCUGGGCAAACUGGGUCAGUGUGAAAGUCUCCAAUUCUAUAGUACUGCUCUGCUCAUCCAUUCAAGUUAUCAUUAAUAUUUCCUGGUUGGCCAUUUCACCCCCAUUUCAGGAGCUGGACAUGCGCUCUUAUCAGGGAAAGAUCAUCAUUCAGUGUAAUGAGGGCUCAGUUAUUGCCUUCUACUGUGUCCUGGGUUAUAUGGGGCUUCUGGCAGCUCUUAGUUUUAUUAUAGCUUUUUUAGCCAGGUCAUUACCGGACAGUUUUAAUGAGGCCAAAUACAUCACCUUCAGCAUGCUGGUGUUCUGCAGCGUUUGGAUUGCGAUGAUCCCGGCCUAUCUGAGCACCAAAGGGAAGAACAUGGUGGCCGUAGAGAUUUUUGCCAUAGUGGCUUCAAGUGCAGGACUUGUAGGAUGUAUAUUUAUUCCAAAAUGCUAUGUAAUUCUUUUGAGACAGGAAUUGAAUACAAAAACAUAUUUACUUGGAAGCAGAAUUAAAGGUUUAACCAAAUAGUUAUAAGAAACAUAUUCUGCAUUGUAAGUUGUAUUAUCUUAUAACUGUCAAUGGUCAAUUUCAGAAAUCUGAAUUUGUUUUCUAGACAUCAAAAGACCUUUUUGCACACAAUACCCCAAUGUCCUGGACUUUUAAGAAGCAUAUCUUUAAGUCUGAUCCUACUUAUAAAAAGCAACUAUGUUAACCCUUCUAUCUUUUAUUAGUUACAGCAAAGGUGAGGAGUCCACUUGUUUGCAAAACAGAGAAACUCAGCAGCACACAAAGCAAAACACACACAACAGGAUUAAAAUAAACCUCUAUAGACAUUUUGUAGAUAUAAUGUUUAUUAGGAUAA